CGCCGAGGAGCAGUCAAGAAGGACGCGCGGGUGGGGGGGAGGAGGGCGGGAGAGAAAGCGACAGGAUACAGCUGUUGCUGCGACUGCUAAAGUGCAGAAAAGAUGACUAUGACUUUGAUCCGCAACAGGCUGGUUCUUCUGGUACUCGGAGUCCUCGUGACCUUUGUCCUCUACCUCUUACUUCCUGCGAUCCAGCAUGAGAGAUUUACGUCUUCCGUUGAUAUCCCCAAGCCAAGAGCUAUGGAGGAAGAUAUGAAGAAGGGUCAGAUCAGCAGCAAUGUCACCAUCCUGACAGGGACAGUCUUGCAGAACCCUUCCGUUUUCUUUCGAGAAGCUGUACUGAUACAGAAAGAUGGGUCUCCCAGCACUGAAAACAGGCUGGAGGUCAUCUUCCUGCAUGGUCAGUCAUUCACUUCCAAAACGUGGGAGGAAUUGGGGACACUGGCUUUGCUCUCUGAGAGUGGGCAUCGUGCAAUAGCCAUUGAUUUGCCUGGCUAUGGGGAGACUCCACGUUCCACUGCUUUGGAGGCAGCACAAAGUCGUGUUGCCUUUCUGCAGCAAAUCUUCAAAGAGCUGAAGUUUCAAAGGCCUGUUCUAGUCAGUUCAUCCAUGAGUGGCCGCUAUUCCAUCCCAUUGCUUCUGGCCAGUGGGGAACAGCUGAAGGGCUUUGUGUCCAUCGCACCAGCGGGCACCAAGGACUUCACUACACAACAGUAUCAGCAAGUCCAGACUCCAACUCUGAUUAUUUAUGGCGAGCAUGAUACUGCCCUGGGCCUUCAGUCUCUGCAAAGCCUUCAACAGAUACCCAAAUCCAGAGUUGUCAUGUUGCCUGGAGCUGGCCAUGCCUGUUACCUUGAUAAGCCUCAGGAGUUCCACAAGGUGCUCCUGAAUUUCCUUGGUGAGCUCAAGUGACUGUGUGGAGUUCGCUUUCCCCUGCCGCCGUCUUCUUGAGGGGGAGAAAAAAGAACAAAGACAAGACUGUACCACAUGACUGGGUGCUGUGUGUUUGAAUCUGUUACUCCGUAUUUAAAGGGCUGUGGGUUUUGCUGACUGUUCAUGGGAGGAGCUUCUCACUGCUUGCUUGUGGGUCUGUUUCCAUUAUGCCUGUUUGCAGGCUUGACUGGCUAAAUCCUGCAUUUUUACGCAGAAAAACUGGAUCAAGGGGUAAAUGGAGGAGAGCGACUCCUUUGAGGUGUCUGUUACAAAGGAGUCUGGAGAAUUCAAUCUACGCUUCAUGGUCAGCCUCUCGUCCUGUUUAAGAGCUGAUCCCUCUGAACAAGGAUACGCUCCAGCGUCUUGUUUCAGGAGCACAAGCCAUUUUUGGAACGCUAAGGUGUCACUUCUCCAUCAUCAGUGGACUUCCACACUCCUGCUGUAAGGCUUAAGUUCUCAUCAUGUACUUACUGAUUUACAUCCCACCUUUUUCUUGGCUGGGAUCGCCUAAAAUUCGUCCAUGGAUGGAACGAGACCAAGUGGACUUCUGUACUCCCUGUAUGUGUUCAUGAUGUUGUCCGGAAUAGCUGAGCAUAAGGAAGUGGUUUUGGAAUUGGCAAGGAUGUUUUUAGAGGGGAAAAGCUCCUGUCUAAAUGUCCUUCUCCCAACCUCCCCACCCCAUAACAGACACACAUAUCCAGAAAUCCUUAGUGUGCCUGAGGCUCCAGAUCUAAUAAGUUGGUUGUUGUAUGUAAAUGAUUUUCCUUUUUUUUUUCCAUUGGGGAUUGUUAUAUGAGCUAUUGUUCAAAGCAGAAGGAGUGGGACAUAGGGUGACUGACCUAAUAAGUUAUCCAGGGAGUGCAGCCCACAUGUUGGGGAAGGUAAUCAUUUAUCCUGCUCACGAGGUCAUAAGCUGCCUUAGGCUUAUGAGCAUUGAAGAACUGUUACGUGUCAGUCAUUUCUGUGUACAUGCUUAUGCUAGGCACUAAAGGGAGCAAGGAAGCCUUGCCUGACCGUAACACGGACACAUACUUGCCAGUCAUCUUCUGAAAUGGAUAUUCUUGUCACACCCACUCAUCUUGGAAUGGACUUCCUCUCUGUUCAUCCAUAUUAGAAGCACUGAAUUGGCCAGAUGCAUCCUGGUCUCUUAACAUUUUCUGUUAACAUGCGCCAUCACCCUGCAACUCAUGGUGCUCAGCCUCUAAAGGCUGAUCUGAAUUGAGACUGUGGCUGACAUCACUGUGGCUGAAGGUCAGAGCACACACCUGUCGUUUAAAGGACAUUUGGCUUUAUGAUACCACUCUAAACAAGGCACCAGUAUGGAUCUGGGGCAAUUUUCACGAUGCUACAAUAAUACAACUAAAUUUGCCAGCAGCCUUAUUCUAGUAAAAUUCCACAUGGCUAAUUUUGGAAAGAUAUUUCCUCUGUCGUAAACAAGCAUUGUGUUCUUCUGAGUACUCUUCCUAAAUGAUUUCAGGUGAAUUCUUUCUGUGUUUCUCAGCACUCUGAUUCAGGCUGAAUUGUUUUGAACUGUUUGAAAAAUAAGACACCAGGUGGUAACUUGAGUCAACUCAUGGUUAAUUUCAUAUGCUUAGGAUUUUAAAAUUUCGGGAGCUUUGUUUGAUCUUUUAUGACUGCUUGUCUGAACAAUCUUGAGCAUCUUCAGGCGUUACUGAGUAGUAUGGCAACCUACACUGCUGUGUGCAGUGUGUGAGCCAUUGCCUUAGAGGGCCACUGCUGACCAAGAGCAAACAGCCCCAACAGCUCUGCCAGUGCCUCGGGGGCUACUUGACUCAGACCCUUCAUUAGCAGUGCUGUUGGCAUCACCUCAGCAGUUCUCAUCCCUGCAGGGUUGCCAGUUUCAGGAGGA